AUGCCGGUAGGCCUCGGCCUAGGCCUAGCAGCAGCAACCGCCGCCGCCGCCGCCACCACCCUCCUCAUCCUCGUCUCCCGCAGCACCACUGCCGCCGCCCUCCCGGCCCCGCGUCCGGCAAGGGACGGCCGCAAGACGGCCCGCUCGCCGAAAUGGACGACGCUGGGCUCGGGCUGUGAUGACGAGCGGGUGCAGCAGCCGUACCCGCCCGACGUGUUUCCUGGCGCGCGGGACGUUGCGACGGCGUACGGGAACCUCCGGGUGUACGAAUUUGGGCCGGAGGAUGCAGAGGAGAGGGUUCUCUUGCUGCAUGGGAUUGGAACGCCUUGUCUUGCGCUGGGGGGUAUUGCUGGGAAGUUUGUGGAGAGGGGGUGGAGGGUUAUGACUUUUGACUUCUUCGGCCGCGGCUACUCCGACGCGCCCCUCGACCUCCCCCACGACGCCCGCCUCUACACCACCCAGAUCCUCCUUGCGCUCGCCUCAUCCCCCUCGCCAGGCUGGACCGGGAACGACGCCUUCCACCUGCUGGGCUACUCCCUUGGCGGCGCCGUCGCUGCCGCCUUCGCUUCGACGCACCCGCACCUCGUCCGGUCCCUCAACCUCGUUGCGCCGGGCGGAUUAGUCCGCUCCGCUGCGCACGUUGGGUGGCGGAGCCGGGUGCUGUAUACGUCGGGUUGGAUCCCGGAGGGUAUGAGGAGGUGGCUUGUUGGGCGGAGGUUGAGGCCUGCUGCGGGUGGAGUUGGGGGCGGGGGCGGGGGUGAUGUACCCGAGAAGGAGACUGUUGAUGAUGAUGAUGAUGAAGACGGGGAGAAGAAGAAGGAGGAGCAGGAGGAUGAGUGGGAUGAGCUUAGGCUUGUGGGCGGGGGACGGAUCGGGGAGGUGGUGGGGUGGCAGCUCGCGAGGCAUCCCGGGUUCGUGACGAGUUACAUGUCGACGAUCCGGCACGCGCCGAUUUAUGACCGCGGGGACGAGGAGUGGAGGGUUCUGGCGGAGGUGCUGGAGGCGAGGCGGAGUAGCUUUGGUGAUGGCGGUGAUGGUGGUGGUGAUGGGAGGGGGUGGUCAUCGGAGCCCGGGCUGAGAAAGGGGCGGGUGCUGUUCCUGCUCGGGGAGCAUGACGACAUCGUCGUGCUUGGGGAGACGGUGUGGGAUGCGGAGCGGGUGCUCGGGGAGGACGCGGUCGAGGUCGUUGUUCUCGGGGGCGGGCACGAGAUUGCCAUUACUAAGGGGAGGGAGAUUGUGGGUGCCGUUGUUGCUGCGUGGGAGAGGAGGGCAUAA